AUGGCUGAGCAAGACCGCUACGGCUCCCAUUUUGGGGCCAAUCCGAACAAUCCCGUAAAGGAUUCCCCCUCCAUCAACCUCCACAACAUCCCUGCCCCCCAGGGCUCCGGUGCGGAGCAAGAUCGCUACGGCGGCUGGUUUGGCGGGAAAGCUCCCUCCGCCGACCAGGUCCAAGACAAGCUCCAAGACAAGCUCCCCAAAGCUUCCGGCGCUGAGCAGGACCGCUUCGGCGGCUGGUUCGGCGGCAAGAGUCCCUCUGCAAGCGACAUCAAGGAGAAGGUUCAAGACGCUUUGCCGAGGACCUCUGGCGCCGAACAAGACCGCUUUGGUGGUUGGUUCGGCAACAAAGCCCCUUCGGCCGACGACAUCAAAGACAAGGCCCAGGACAUUCUGCCAAAGGGCUCGGGCGCCGAGCAAGACCGGUACGGUGGAUGGUUCGGCGGUAAAGGCCCUUCGGCCGACGACAUCUCAAAACACCUUCCGCAGGCUUCUGGUGCUGAGCAAGACCGCUAUGGCGGGUGGUUCGGAGGCAAAGGGCCCUCGGCAGGUGACAUCUCGGAGAAGCUGCCUCAUACUUCCGGGGCUGAACAAGACCGUUACGCCGGAUGGUUCGGAGGCAAAGGACCUUCUGCGAGCGACAUCUCCGACAAGCUACCCCAUACUUCUGGAGCCGAACAAGACCGUUACGCCGGUUGGUUCGGUGGUAAAGGACCUUCGGCAAGUGAAAUCUCAGGGAAGCUACCUCAUACUUCUGGAGCCGAACAGGAUCGCUAUGAAGGGUGGUUUGGUGGAAAGCCGAUCCCCAUAGACAAGAUCAACCAGAGGCUACCUCAUACAUCGGGUGCCGAGCAAGACCGCUAUGCCUCUCACUUCAGCCGCCACCCAGAUAACCCUUCACAAUCCAUACCCGGCUCGUCUAGCUCGGGUUGGUCGACGAGCAGGAACGUUGGCUCCGGUGCAGAGCAGGAUCGAUUUGCGUCCCAUUUUGGGGCUCGCCCCAUCAACCCGAUCAAUGCUACCGCAGUUGGGCUGCUGCAGGGAGCUAUUCUCCCCUCUUUCGGUCUGCACGCUGGUCUCUCUGCCGUCACGUACGGAGUGGCUCGCUACACAAACCGAGUAGAAUUGAAGGACUGGCUCUGGCCUUCCGGCAUGGUUGCCAACGCUUGGUGGAGCGCCAUCGGCACCCGCGUCGUUUAUGAUGGGCUCUCCCUUCAGCACGCUUGGUCGACUAUGACUUACCCUGAAAAGAUCCUGCUCACUCAAGUCUCUGCUUGGGGAAUUCGUCUCUUCUACCGCAUUGCCAGUCGUAGCGUAAAGCGCAGAAAGGAUGAUGCCCGUUAUGUGACGGCCAAGGAAGAGAAGGGUUUCUGGAACAAGUCCUUCUUCAGCAUGUUCCUGCCCGAGGCUGCUUUCCAGACGUUGAUCACGCUUCCGUUCACCCUGCCUUUCCGCGCUGGAGUGGAGAGUGCCAGGUCUUCUCCUCUCCCCGACAAUGCUUCCCUUUUCCACAGCCUCGCUGUUCUCCUGUUCACUACCGGAUACGCUCUGGAGGUUCUUGCGGAUACUCAGCUCGAGUCUCACAAGAAGCAGAACAGCGAGGAACUCAACCGCGAGGGCGUCUGGAGCAUCGUUAGGCACCCCAACUACCUCGGUGAUGCUCUCGUCCACUUCUCGUUCCCCGUCCUCCUUUACAGCGCCGGGAUCCUUCACCCGAUCUCGGUCCUCGGUCCUGUUGCCAACUACGUCUUCCUCCGCUUCAUCGGCGGCGACAAGGACAACGAGGCGGAUCAAGAGUCGCGUUACCCCAAGGAGAAUCAGCUCAAGUACCAGCAGCUCAUGGAGUACAAGCGCGAGAAGAACAGCUUCUGGCCCAGCCCCCAGGAGGUGCAGAACAAGUGGACGUGGGCUGUGCUUGCUGCGGGGGCUGGCGGCGUCAUUCUUGAGAGAGGCGUUCGCGCGUUCCUCCGCGGUUAA